UUUUGCAAUAGCUCUGACUAGUAUAUAAAACGAACGCUCAAAUUAUUUAACGAUAUUCUACUACAAGACUUGACAAACGCUCAGCAUUCCUCAAGAUGAAGAACUACGUGUUCGCCCUUUUGGUUGUGACUGCGGUCGCCAUCGCACUUCCUAAUGAAGAUAAGAAUGCACCGAUGCGUGUGGACUUGCUGCCGCAGAAGGAAGACGAAUCUUUAAAAUUGGAAGUGACACCCGUCAAAGAACACCAUCGCACACGUAGAUUCACUUGUGAUCUUUUAUCUGGUGCGGGUGUUGACCAUAGUGCUUGCGCUGCUCACUGCAUUCUCAGAGGAAAGACGGGAGGAAGAUGCAAUAGUGACCGUGUUUGCGUGUGUCGUGCAAAAUCGUGGAUUGGCUAAAGCCAGUCAUAAAAAUCAUUCUUUUAAAAAAGUCAGAUUGGGAUUUUAAUAGAUAUACAUAUAUGUGGCUUAAAAUUCAAAUAUUGAGAUUUUAUUUUGAACAAAUCUGUAUACUAGAAAAAAUUCGUCUAUAAUAAAUAUACUAUAAAUAUCUAGAAA